AUGGGCGGUGGUGGCUAUGGAAACCUGAUGAGGAAAUACGGUACUGCUUCUGAUAAUGUUGUGGACGCUCGGUUCAUGGAUGUCAAUGGAAAUAUUCUCGAUAGGAAGUCGAUGGGAGAAGAUUUGUUUUGGGCGAUUAGAGGAGGUGGUGCUUCUAGUUUCGGAAUCGUUCUUGCAUGGAAGCUGAAGUUGGUUCGGGUUCCGAAAAAAGUAACUGUUUUUAUGCUGAGUAAGACUUUGGAGGAAAGAGCAACCGAACUUUUUCAUAAAUAUCAAUACGUUGCACCGACUAUUGAUAAAAAUUUGCAUAUACGAACCGUGAUGUCCGGUCAAUAUAUCGGCAACACCACUAAAAAAACUGUAGUAAUUACAUUCCAAGGAGUUUUUCAGGGGAGAAGUGACACAUUGCUUCGGUUGCUAGACCAAAAAUUUCCAGAGUUGGGUGUUACACGGGAGAUUUGUGAGGAGAUGUCAAUUCUUCAAUCAACCAUUGCGUUUUAUGGGUUGCCAAGCUCCACCCCAAUUGAAAUUGUCACAAACCGAUCUAGCAUACCCAAGGUGAACAGCAAAAGUAAAAUCGACUUUGUCCGGACACCGAUCCCUAAAAGUGGGCUCAGAAAGAUUUGGAGAAAAGUUAUGGAAAGUGAUGGAUCGGAGCUUCUUGGCAGCAAUCCGUUUGGCGGAAGGAUGGCUGAGUAUUCUGAGACUGCAAUUCCGUAUCCUCAUAGAGCUGGGGUGUUGUACCAGUUAUUCAAGAAUGUCAAUUUUUACAAUCAACCUUCAGACACGACAACUAUAGCGCUCAAGAGGAUAGCAUGGUUGGAUAGCUUGGAAAAGUUACUGACACCUUAUGUGUCGAAGAACCCAAGGGAGGCGUAUUCCAACUAUGCUGAUCUGGAUUUGGGUGUUGGAAAUGCUACUUAUGAAGAAGCGAGUGUUUGGGGCGAGAGAUAUUGGAAGAGGCGUAAUUUUAAGAAGUUGAUUCAAAUCAAGGCUAAAGUUGAUCCAGAGAAUUUCUUAAGGUACCCGCAAAGUAUCCCUGUUUUCUAG